CUCUCUCUUUCGAUUUUCUUUUUAAAGUUCAUCCAUCUCUGUUUGUUUUCUGUUAUGCUCUGUUUCCUCUGUUAUUCGUAGCUUCUUAUCCCCAGGGGUUAACCUCUAUAUGUAUAUAUAUGUGUGCACCAGAGUAUAUAUUUUUGUUAUAGUGACAAUUAAAGAGGAAUCUUCAAGUGGGUUAUGGUUAAAAAUUAAUCAUGGCUCGAGAAGUAGGAGAGUCUAGUGGGAGCUUUCUGUGGAGUAGUAGUGGAGAUAAGAAUGCUAAUGGUGGGUUUAGUUCAACAGAGGAAGUUCAGAACCCAUUAUUAUAUGGAUAUGUGAAUCAAGAAAAUGACCAUAAUGGUUCUGUCUGUUUGCUUCGACGCACUGAAGCUGCUAAUAAGAGGAUUAAGGAAACACCAAAACAAAGCAAUGAACAGGCUCAGAUAGCUGAUGCCCUCUUGAGUUUAUGUCCAUUUGGUUUAAAACUCAACUUCACACCAUCUUUUAUAGAUUCUGUGGGGAAGAAUCUAAACCAUUCUACUUCUGCAGCCAAGGCUUACCGUCAUCGCUCAAAGGUUGAUGAUUUUGGGUCUCAACAAUUUUCUGACAAGAUGAAGGCUAAUAACUUCUCGAUUUCGUUAAUUAUAAUUGGCAAUUGGGAGAGAAAAUCCAAGCAUGAAGGUGAUCUGGUGGGUAAAUGUUAUUAUGCUAAGAAGAAGUUGGUGUGGGAAUUCUUGGAAAGGGGUUUGAAAAGCAAAAUUGAAAUUCAGUGGAAUGAUAUAAUAGCCAUGAGAGUUCUUACUCAGGAGAAACAGCCUGGAACUCUUGAAAUUGAGUUGAACCAACCUCCUACUUUCCACGAGGAAACUGAUCCACAGCCAAGAAAACACACUAUUUGGAGACUAACAUCAGAUUUCACUAGAAGGCAAGCUUCCAUCUGCAGGAGGCAUUAUGUUAUGUUUCCACCAGGAUCACUUGACACAACCUAUGAGAAGCUUGUGCAAUGUGACAGAAGGUUUUAUGAAUUGUGCCAGAAACCUUUCCCAAGUCUUCAAUCUCCUUAUUUUGAGCCAAAUAUUUUCAGUUUCACAAAUUCCUCUAUGGAUUACCCUAUGGAUAGGCCAAAUGUUAACCCUGGAUUGCAGUUUAAUUUUGGCAUUCCCUCACCUCUGGUGGCUAUCCAACAUGUCGAGUCUUAUGAGCAAGCACCCCAGCCAUCUUUUAAGGAAAGACCUUCACCCAAUUCAGUUGUGGAUCACGUUAGAUUUGAGAUUCCAAGAAUGGCCUUUUGGGAACAAGGGAUAAGCAAUAAUUUAGCAGCAGCAGAUACUUUUUCCCCGAGUAUUCUUCCAUUCAACCAAGUGGAUCCAACUGUUUCUUUCCAAGGCAACCCAUUAACUUAUUAUGGUCAAGGAGGUGACCCCAAUAACCAUGUAAAUAAAAUGCUAACUAAUCUUGUAGACCAUUUGCUUGGUGACACUAAAGUAGAAGGUUAUGAUGAGAUGUAUCACAUGGCAAGAGUGGAGUCACUGAAUGCAUUGGUCAAUCUCUCCCAAGAAGAGAACCUUGCAACUGCAAGUGAAGAUAGUUCACAGCAGACAUUCUAUGGGCAAGAAAUGGGUACUGGUAGUGAUGACUUGGUUUUGGGUACCAUUGAGCAAGCAAUUGGACUUGGUGGUAGUGGUGGUGGUGGGCAAGAUUAUCUGCAGCUUGUUUCCAACAUGCCUUCUCAGGUCUGUCCAAGCAUGCAAAAUUUUGGCCCUUUCAACAAUUCCAUCAAUCAAUUCCAUAAUCGCUGGACCUGACAUGGGGUUAUGGAACCAAAGAGAUCAGAGUAUAUAUUAGCAUUGCAUCA